UAAAGCUCUAAUAUUCUAAUUGACAUUACAAGUAACCUGCUCAAUAACAAUUCCCCCGCUCCGCGCCCCCGACUUUAUCCCGGCGAAUAUCACCCACGAUAACCCCCAACAGCCAAACAUUCACCCCGAAAAACACCAACGACGCAGCCCACAAGCCCGGAACGAACGUCGCCUUCCCAAGAAACUCCAAUUCGUAGCCUUGUUGCAGCCACAUCGCCUGUAAAUCCGACCCAUUAGCAACCACAAACGCCCGACACUUCAGGGAGGGGGGGAGGCAGCACCUGCGAAAUAGCCCACAGCACCAACGCAAUCCCACCCAGCCAUGGCCUCCGUAGCAGCACGGAGCCGGGAAGGUAGAACGGCAGCAGGACGAUAUACCACAUAAAGUACUGCGACGUGCACACCUUGUUGAACGUGACAAAGGCGAACGUCUGCGCGAACAUGGUUGCUGGGAGAUUGUGCUUGGCAAAGGCCAGCGGGAUGGCGAGUCCCGAGAGGAGCAGUUGCGGAAGGAAUGGUAUCGAGGCGAACGGGGCAGAGGAGUGGCCCGUGGGCGAGGAGGUUAGGUGGAGGAGCGUGUUGUACGGGGAAAAGUUGUGUCGGUGGUCGACGCGCGAGAGAUGGUGGAGGUAGGUGUGCUGGAGGAAGGGAUUGGCAUAGCUGUAUGUAGGUUUGGUUAGCUACUCGCUCGGGUGGUGUAUGGAGGGUGUGAGGAACAGACAGUUUAUACAUCCAAACAUUCAAGCCGACAAAUGUUCCCAACGCCCAAGCGCCAAAAGUGACCCUUUCGCGAUUGACAAAGCCCACCGCCUUCUCCAGCCACCCCUUCCUAGCCCCCUCCCCCUCCCCACCCCUCCCCCGCUCACUUUCCAACCACCAAACAAUAGCAGGCGCAUAUAUGACAGGAUAUAUCUUGAAAUGCGUCGCCAACCCCACCAAGACCCCGGCCAACAGCACACGUCUCCUCAAAACCGCCCAUACAAUGCCCACCACCAGCACUCCCAGUAACCCCUCAGAACUACCGCGGGUGCUAAUAGUCGCAACCAUGGGAUUGACCAGCCAUAUGCCGGCGAACCACCCGGCUCUCCGGCAGUCCAUUCCCCCGUUCGUCAAGACCAGGUGUAUUAGCCAUCCGGCGAGCACAUCUGCAGCGGCAAAGACGACCUUGCCGAACGAGAAAAAGAGGGCCUGUGGGUUUAACGUUGUUGGGAGGAGAAGCCAGGCCAGGAGCGGAGUGUAUCGAUAGGUUUCCCGGGAAUAAGGGGU